AUGGCAGAAGUGGAGCGUCCAGAAGAAAUGAUGGAUGAAGAGCCUAUGGAAGAGGAUUCCCUCAUGACCAACGACCCAGAUGAUGUGGAAAUGGCUGAAGGGAUGGACGAAGAACAAGAAGAAUAUUGUGGCGACAAAUCGAAGAAGAGCAAGAAAAGUCGAGGACGGAAGUCAAAAAGCGGAGGGAAGAAGAAACUAGAAUAUCCUGACCCAUCAACAUCUACGUCCGCCGAUAUGUGUGCAGCCCUUGAUGUUCAAGAUGUGACCAUAGAAUACACAGAAGAGGAUUACAAUACAAUAACAAAUCUUAAGGGAUUCAUCCACCGCGUCCGCCCAACUAUUCUUGAGGCUAAUCCGAAAUGCAACGCUACAAAAGUCUAUCCGCUCAUCCAAGUGAAGUAUCGUGAGUUCCAAGAGGAAUUGGCUGCUCAAGGUCGCUCUCAAGCUGUGAAGAAGACAGAGAAACGUCCCAAGCCGCCUCCUGAACAAGACAAACUUGUAGCUCCUAUAAAAAUCAGAAUUUCUGCUCGGAAGAAGCGUAAGAACGAGUCGGACGAAGAUGGUGGUACCGCAGAUAGUGACCAAGAAUUUGAAUCUCUUCUCAAACAACACGAGCAUCAGCUCGAUGAGGAAGAGAAGGAGAAGGAAGAGAGGAAGGCUAAUCGCGCUGCUCAUCGCGCUGAUAAGAAGAAACAAGCAUUGGAGAAGGCCCAAGCUAACCGUAAAGCUAAAAAGGCGAAAGGAGAAGAGGAAGAAAUUGAACAUCAAGAUUAUUGUGAGGUAUGCAGGCAAGGGGGAGAAAUAAUCUUAUGCGACACGUGUCCUCGCGCUUAUCAUGUAGUUUGUGUUGAUCCUGAGAUGGAACAAGCCCCUGAAGGUGACUGGAGUUGCCCUUAUUGCGAGGAACAUGGUCCUCCGCCACGAGAAGAGGAGCCUGUUAAAAUCAACAUGGAGUACUGUAGAGUCUGCAAGGGCACUGGUUCUCUAUUGUGCUGCGAUAACUGUCCUAGCUCUUUUCAUGCAUACUGUAUAAAUCCACCAUUGGAGGAGGUUCCAGAGGACGAGUGGCUGUGUCCCAGAUGUACUAUUCCCGAACCAAAACAACGUCCAGAGAAGAUUCUUUGUUGGAGGUGGAUUGAAAUUCCAUAUCCAGAUCCUAUUGAGGUGAAGCCAGGCGAGGAACCAGACAAAGAUGCGGUAAUGCUUCGUCCUCCUCGUAAGAUGGAACCACGUCGUGAAAGGGAGUUCUUUGUUAAAUGGAGGUACAUGUCUUACUGGCACUGUGAGUGGGUCAGCGAGACACUUAUGGACGUUUAUUUUACAGCGUUGGUUCGAAUGUACUGGCGCAAAUACGAUUCCGAAAAUCCUCCAGUAUUUGACGAAUCGACUGCUCAACGACACCACAAAGACAGUGAUCCCUACGAACUCCGCGAGAAAUUCUAUCAGUACGGAAUAAAACCAGAAUGGAUGCAGGUCCAUCGCAUCAUCAAUCAUAUGCAGUACGGAAAAACUCAAUUCGACUAUCUAGUGAAAUGGAAGGAACUCGCCUACGAACAAGCUACAUGGGAGAGAGACGACAUGGAUAUCGCUUAUUACGAAGACGCGAUCAACAAGUAUUGGAUCCACAGGGAGAAGAUGUUAGGAGAACCAAUUCCAAAGCACAUUGCGAAGAAAAUUGCUGCACAGCGAGAGAAGAAAGGGCUUCCUCCACUGGAAUCUACGGACGAGCCAAUGAGCAAAAAGAAGAAACGCGACAAACCUAUUGUUGAUAUCCGGAAGAAGUAUGAAGUGCAGCCUGACUACAUUUCCGAAACUGGAGGAACACUUCAUCCUUAUCAGCUGGAAGGUAUCAAUUGGUUGCGGCACUGUUGGUCAAACGGUACUGAUGCUAUUCUCGCCGAUGAGAUGGGUCUGGGAAAGACCGUGCAGUCGCUUACGUUUCUAUACACCCUUAUGAAGGAAGGUCAUUCCAAGGGACCGUUCUUGAUCGCGGCGCCGCUUUCAACCAUCAUAAACUGGGAAAGAGAGGCAGAACAGUGGUGUCCAGACUUUUAUAUUGUCACUUAUGUUGGGGAUCGUGAUUCGCGAAUGGUAAUACGUGAACAUGAGUUCUCAUUUGUUGAAGGAGCAGUGAAGGGUGGUCCUAAGGCCUCACGCAUGCGUUCACAAGAAAAUAUGAAGUUCCACGUGCUUCUCACUUCGUAUGAGUGCAUCAAUAUGGAUAAGGCAAUAUUGUCUUCAAUUGAGUGGGAGGCUCUGGUGGUUGAUGAGGCUCAUCGUCUAAAGAAUAACCAAUCUACGUUCUUCAAGAACCUCCGAGAAUACAAUAUCAACUAUCGUGUGCUCCUUACUGGAACUCCGCUUCAAAACAAUUUGGAGGAAUUGUUCCAUCUCCUGAAUUUUCUCGCUCCGGACCGCUUUUUCGAUUUGGAGUCGUUCACGCUCGAAUUUGCUGAAAUCUCCAAGGAAGAUCAGAUCCAGAAACUUCACUCGCUUUUGGGUCCUCACAUGUUAAGACGUCUCAAAGCAGAUGUUUUGACGGGCAUGCCAUCAAAGAGUGAACUUAUUGUUCGAGUGGAACUAAGUCCUCUGCAAAAGAAGUACUACAAAAACAUCUUGACACGUAACUUUGAUGCUCUUAAUGUCAAAAAUGGUGGUUCUCAGAUGUCUUUAAUUAAUAUCAUCAUGGAGCUGAAAAAGUGUUGCAAUCACCCGUAUUUAUUCGCGAAAGCUAGCUUAGAAGCUCCAAAACUGAAAAAUGGAAUGUACGAAGGAACUCAACUUAUCAAGAACGCUGGAAAGUUUGUUUUACUCCAGAAAAUGAUGAGGAAGCUGAAGGAUGGUGGACAUCGUGUGUUGAUCUUCUCCCAGAUGACUAUGAUGCUGGAUAUUCUUGAGGAUUUCUGUGAAGUAGAAGGGUAUAAAUACGAACGCAUUGACGGUUCGAUUACGGGUCAAGCAAGGCAGGAUGCCAUCGACAGGUUCAAUGCUCCCGGUGCUCAGCAGUUUGUAUUCCUUCUUUCCACUCGUGCUGGAGGUCUCGGAAUUAACUUAGCAACUGCAGACACUGUUAUCAUAUACGACUCCGACUGGAAUCCUCACAAUGAUAUUCAGGCAUUUUCGCGAGCCCAUCGUAUUGGUCAACAAAAUAAAGUGAUGAUUUACCGUUUUGUAACCAGGAACUCCGUGGAGGAGCGUAUUACUUCGGUAGCUAAGAAAAAGAUGCUUCUGACUCACUUAGUCGUCAGAGCAGGUCUCGGUCAAAAAGGGCCAAGUAUGAGCAAGUCCGAACUCGAUGAUGUGCUUAGGUGGGGAACAGAAGAGUUGUUCAAAGAUGAUGAGCCAGCUCCCAGUGAGGGUGGUGAAGGAGAAGGUAAAAAAGCCAAUGAGAAUGAAAUCGUGUGGGAUGAUGAGGCUGUAGAUGCUCUUCUUGAUAGAACAAGAGACGCAGAUCUAAGGGAUAAAGAUGGUGAGAAGAAGGAGCACUGGACCAAUGAGUAUCUCAGCUCCUUCAAAGUUGCUACAUAUACGACUAGGGAGGCUGAUGAUAAAGAAGAAGAGGAGGAAGAUGAGAUGGAGGUUAUAAAAGAAAAUGACAAAGAACCCGACCCGGACUACUGGGAAAAGCUGCUUCGCCACCACUACGAGCAGGACCAGGAGAUGGAAGCCCAGAAAUUAGGCAAAGGUAAACGUCUUCGAAAGCAGGUCAAUUACGCAAGUGAGAAUAUGGGACAAGAUUGGCAGAAAGAGCAGCAAACCAAUGACGAUGACGAUUUGUCUUCAUAUGACGGAGGAUCUGAAAAGGCAUCCGGCGAACAUUCUGACGACGAUUUCGAAGGAAUUGGAGGAGAGAGGAAGAAGAAGCGCGAAAGAGAGUCUGAGAAGCUCCCACCACUUCUUGCGAAAGUUAAUGGCCAACUGGAAGUUCUUGGUUUCAAUCCGCGUCAGCGUCGUGCCUUCUAUAAUGCUGUUAUGCGGUGGGGAAUGCCUCCACAGGACGCUUAUCAAUCUCAGUGGCUUACUCGCGAUUUGAAGGGAAAGUCUGAGCGGGCGUUUAAAACAUACACAUCCUUAUUCAUGCGUCACCUUUGUGAGCCUGGUGCAGAUACGCAAGAAACCUUCAAUGAUGGUGUUCCAAGAGAAGGGCUUAAUAGACAACACGUGCUGACUCGCAUUGGCAUCAUGAGUCUUAUCAGAAAGAAGGUGCAAGAAUUUGAACAGGUCAAUGGCGAGUGGUCGAUGCCAGAAAUGCGAGCAAAGGCUUUAGAAGCGGCUGGAGCUAGUUCAGUUAAAACGACAUCGUCUUCAAAAGCAAGCAGUCGAGAGCAAAGCGUAGCUCCUGAUGACAGGAAAGAGGAUAGCAAUGAUGUUCCUACAGAACCGCCUGAAUCAGUGAAGACUGAAGCUGAAGAUACGCCAUCGACCGCACCCGACUCUAAAGAAGACUCCAAUACAACACCAGCUGUUGAGGAAGAGAAUGAAGAACAAUCUAAGAAGAGUGGACGUCUUCCUUUCAAGUUUAACAUUGCAGAUGGAGGUUUCACCGAAUUGCACACUUUAUGGGUAAAUGAAGAGAAGGCAGCUGUACCUGGUAAUGAAUAUGAAAUAUGGCACCGGCGGCAUGAUUACUGGCUGCUCGCUGGAAUUGUCCAGUAUGGUUAUGGAAGGUACCAAGAUAUACAGAUGGACCCAAGGUUUGCUAUUAUUAACGAGCCAUUCCGUCAGGAACAAGGGAAAGGAAAUUUCCUUGAGAUAAAAAACAAGUUCUUGCAAAGGCGCUACAAGCUUUUGGAACAAGCACUUGUAAUUGAAGAGCAGCUGCGACGGGCAGCUUAUAUGAACCUGCAGAACAGCACCACAGAUGGUACUGCUCAGCUAGCCCAACGGUUUGCCGAUAUUGAAAAUGUGGCCGAUUCCCACGCAAACGUUGCAAAAGAUUCUGCGGCAGGAAACAGAAACGCUAAUGCUGUCCUACACAAAGUUCUCAAUCAACUUGAAGAAUUGCUGUCGGAUAUGAAAGCCGAUGUUUCUCGCCUUCCUGCUACGCUAUCCCAACUUCGUCCUGUCACCCACAGACUUGCUAUGACAGAAAGACAAAUCCUCUCGCGUCUCACUUCAAAGGAUCCUGAUGCCAUGGCUGGGAGGUCCCCUCUGCCUCCACCUGGCCCUUUUGUAACGCCAACUCUUGGACAGCAGCUAUCUGGAAUACAACCUAAAUUUGCUGCACUUCAUCAACCCGGAAAAAUGUCGAGUGGAUCAGCAGAUACUACAGAGGCUCAUUCGUCCUCAGAGCCACCACAAGAAAAGAAAGAAGAAACUGAGGAGUCAACUUCGAAGCCAGCCGUUGAGGAGGAAGCCCCAAUGGACCUUUCAGCUCCGCCAACUGCUCCUGUCACGAAUACGUCAACAGAACUUACGGAAAAAGCAGAAUGA